AUGUUCAAGAAAUUAGGGAUUACUAUUCCAUUGACUGAGGCAUUACACCAAAUCCCUGCGUAUGCAAAAUUUUUGAAGAAGUCCCUCAAAAAGAAGAAAUAUUUAGAUGAGGGAACAAUUGAAGUACAGGGAAAUUGUAAUGCGAUUUUGCAGAAGACACUUCCUCUUAAAGUCAAAGAUCCGGGAAGUUUUACUAUUCGUUGCACUAUUGGGAAUUGUGAUGUAGGGAAAGCUCUAAUAGAUUUAGGGGCUAGCAUCAAUUUGAUGCCCUUAUCUGUGAUAAAGAAGAUUGGUGAUCUUGAGGUUAAAUCUACUAAGAUGGUGUUGCAAAUGGCGGAUAGAUCUACCAAGAAUGGCUAUGGUGUAGUGGAAGAUGUUGUGGUCCAAGUUGAAAAACUUAAAUUCCCAAUGGAUUUUGUAGUGAUGGAGAUGGGGGAAGAUCUAAAGAUUCCUAUCAUUCUUGGAAGGACAUUCAUGAAGAUGAUGACAAAUUUAUGA